AUGAACAAAGGAUUAACUAUAACUGCUAUUGCAGCUGCAGCUAUUGCAGGAUAUGCUGUAUAUUUUGAUUACCAACGUAGAAAUUCAGCCGAAUUCAGAAAGUCUUUGAAAAAGAGAGAAGUCAAGCAAAAGAAAUUGAAAGCUAAGAAGGAAGCCGAAUCGAAGCAAAAUAAGUUAGAAGCCGUCAAAAAGGCCUUAUUGGAAGACUUGGCUCAACACCCUAUUCCAACUGAUUUGACUGAAAGAGAAGCAUUUUUCAUGGAACAAGUUGCUGUUGGUGAACAAAAGGCAAAAGUUGAUGCCAUUGAAGCAGCUAUAUGUUUCUAUAAGGCUUUGGCAGUUUAUCCUAAUCCUACUGAUAUUUUAGGUAUCUACCAAAAAACUGUACCUGAAGAAGUAUAUGAAUUGGUCGUGAUGAUGAUAGCUGUUUAUCCACCAGCAUCUGUUUCUAGUAUUUUAAGUAAGGGGGCACCAACUGUCAAGGAUUUGAAACCAACAGAAGAAGAUUUAGAUUAA